UUCCUUUUCUAACCUGAACUUGAACUUUCUAACCUGAAAGAAUGCAAAGGUUAUUUAGGGAGCUUCGCUAAUAUGUUGAUUGGCUCCUUUUAAGUGAUUGUUAUUGAAGAGAAGUUGUAAUCAAUGAAAGAUAAUUCUUUUCUUCAAAUAUUAUAGCGACAAUUUUUUCACAAAGUACUUUUUCAUUCUAUUCCACUAUGAGUUCUGACAGUCGAGAUUUCUCAUCUGUUCCUCAAGUCUGGAAGCCGGAUGGAAAAUCUGGUAAAAAUAUCAGGACCUUUAUGAAAUGUAUCGAAGAUAAAUACCAAAGGAAGUUUGGAGAUUAUUGGGAUUUCCAUCAAUGGACUGUCGAUAAUAUCGAAGAAACUUGGACAGAAUUGUGGGAAAAUUCAGGAAUCAUCUGCUCAAAGAAAUAUGAAAAGGUUGUUGAUCUUAGCUUACCGAUGACAGAAACCAAAUGGUUUGAAGGUGCAAAACUCAACUAUGCCGAAAAUUUAUUGAAAUAUAGAGAUGAUCACAUUGCUUUAAUACUUACAGGAGAAGAUCGAGAAGUUGAGAAGCUAACCUAUUCUCAGUUGUAUGAAGAAACAAAAUUAUAUGUUGCUGCUUUCAGAAAGUUUGGCCUUCGAAAGGGAGAUAUUGUAAUGUGUUUCAUGUCCAAUAGAAAAGAAGCCAUCUUGGGAAUGUUGGCAACAGUCAGUAUUGGAGCUAUAUGGACGGGUGCUUUACCUCAACUGGGGCCUGAGCCUGUCUUAAACAGAAUGUCUCAAAUUAAACCGAAGUUAUUAUUGACUGUGGACAGAUUUCUCUUCAAUGGAACAGAAAUAGAUAUGCUAAAAAAAGUUAAAGAUAUCGCAGAAGGAUUGCCAUCUCUGGAAAAAAUCAUCAUAGUCGCUUCUCAAGAAAAAUCCAAAUUGAAAGACAUCUCAAUUAUAAAGAAUAGUUGUUUCCUGGAUGAGUUUUGUGAAUUGGGACGACAAGCCGAUACUCCAGAAAUAGAUUUUGAGCAAGUUUCCUUCUCCUAUCCUGUUCACGUCAACUUUACAUCUGGGACAACUGGAUUGCCUAAAGCCCCAAUUUACGGAUGUGGACUUCUUAUGUCUGUGAUCAGAGACUACGGAAUACAUAUGGAUGCGGGAAGAGACGAUGUCUAUUUGUCUAUGUCGCCAGUUGGUUGGGCAUCAUGGUGCUUCAGUGCGAGUCUUUUAUUCCUGGGACAAACUGUAGUUCUUCAUGAAGGUUUUCCAUACUUAUUGAGUCCUACUUAUUUAUGGGACAUGAUUGAUGAAUUUAAAAUCACAAACCUUAUGAUUGCUCCCUCAACUUUCGAGGAAUUGGAGAAAAAGAAAUAUUUACCAACUUCAAAGAACAAUUUAAAUUCCUUGAGACUUAUAAAAACUGGAGGAAGUGUUGUAAAGAAAUCUUCAUUUGACUUUUUCUAUAAAGAAUUGAAGUUGAAGUCUGCAUUCUCAGCUGCAUACGGUAGUACUGAGGUGAUGUUGUGCUCUACUUUCGAUUUCAAUAUUCCUAUCUACUCAGGAGAAUUACCUACUUCAGCCUUAUGUACAUUAAUCGAAUGUUGUGAUGAAAUAACUGGAGAAGUUAUAUUUGGUGAAGUUGGGGAUCUAGUUAUAAGCAAGCCCAGUCCCCUCUUGAUUUCAGGUUUGUGGGGAGAUGAAGAUGGUUCGAAGUUUCGAGAAACAUAUUUCACCAAAUAUCCAGGAAAAUUUUGUAUUGGAGAUAACGGAAUAAUUAAUCCAGUUACAAAAGGUCUCUUGGUGUUAGGUAGAAGUGAUGCUACAUUAAAACAACGUGGAUGCCGGUUUGGUAGCUCUGAAAUAUACAACGUUGUUGAUCACUUUCCUGAAAUCAGUGACUGUUUAUGUGUUUCUCAGUUCAAUAGUAGUAGAGAUGAGAGAGCUGUUCUCUUUCUUAAACUGAGGGAUGGGUACAUGUUUAAUCAAGAUCUCGUUAAAAGGAUACGGAAAAGGAUUGCUGAUGAUCUCACACCACGUCAUGUUCCCGAUGUCAUCUUAGAGACGAAAGAUAUACCGAUGAAUACGAAUGGAAAGAAAUUAGAAUUAAUAGUGAAAAGAAUAAUCAAUAACUUGCCUGUCAACUUAGAUUCUGUCAGUAAUCCAGAGAGUCUGAAAUGUUAUCAAAACAGGAAAGAGCUGCAAGAUUUUAAAUGAUACUGGAGAUAGUUUCCCUGCAAAAAGUAUCUUCCUUUUGAUGUUCUAAACUUUGUUACUAUUUAUUGAAAUCACAAAGUUAUAAAAUACAGUUUUGUGGUUAUCUCUGCUUUGUACAAAUAUUUCAAUAAAGUGAUUAUUUAAAGUGCUA